UUCGAUAACUUUUGUUCACCUGUUUUUUAAAGUAAAUUCUCAAUAAUUUUACGAAAUGUUGAGAGAUUUCGGUAGGGCAUGUAAUUAAAAUAAAUACUCAAAACACACAUUCAUAUAGAAUUUACCUACUUCCUAGUUAGAAGUAAUUAUUUACAUUUUACAAUGCCUGUAGAAGUUGACCAGGAAAUCCCGGACCCUAGCAACCGGCGGAGUCCUAGAGGCUUAAAAAUAAACAGACGGGCUGCAAAAGGUAAUGAUAAUAAUCAUCAAUUAAAAAUAACUACAAUGUUUCUUAAAAAAAGAAGCCGGAGCAACAGUCCCGAAAAUGAUCCUGAAGCAAUCAUUGAGACUAAAAAACCUAAAAAAGAUACAGAUGUAGAUUGCAUUGGAAACGAGAACUGCACUAGUCUUAAAGUGAGAAAUAUUAAUGAUAUCAAUAAAGAUAUUAAAGUUGUUAAUAAUACAGGAGACACAACAAAUCCAAAAGAAAGUAUAGCUGAUGAAAACUCUAAUGAAAUUUCUGUGUCUGAUAAAACAUUUGAAAAUGGAACUACAGAAAACAAUGCAGAUAAGAAAGAUCCAAAUAAUGAACAGUGUAAUGUUUGUGGACAGUAUCUGAAUAAUUCUGAUAUUUAUUAUCAAGGACAUCCACAAAAUGCUAUAGAAGAAUUUAUUGCUUUGACAGAUGAAAAGCUUCUUCUUGUUUCUGGUGACGAUGGUGACGUAAUGGAGAGACCACAAACAAAUAUUACUGGUUUCUCAAUAUUUGACCAGCAAGGACAUUUAGUACCUAUUGACGGGGGUCUUAUUGAAUGUGACAUGAGAAUUUUCAUGUCUGGCUAUUUGAAAUCUAUUUGUUCUGAUGGGAUGGAAAUUGAUGAAGAAUGUAUACCAGUUAAGGAUGUCGGCCCAAUCAUUGAAUGGUAUAUUCACGGCUUUGAUGGAGGUAACAGGAACUGUAUCGCAUUAUCUACUGAAUUCGGUGAAUAUAAUUUACUUAAACCAAGUCCUGGAUAUAAAUCCCUAAUGGACAAUUUAUAUGAAAAGAUAUGGCUAAGUAAAGUUGUUGUUGAGUAUUUAGAAGAAUAUCAUUACCUUCAACCCACCUACGAGGACUUGCUAGAAGUGGUUCGCGAAUCUAAAAUUCCUGAUCUUAAUGAUAAGUUAAUGACUGAAGAAAUGCUUCAUAAAUAUGCUCAGUUUGUAUGUGAUCAGGUAGUAAGUCUGGAAUCGGAUGACGAUUGUGAGCCGCUCAUUACAUUGCCAUGCAUGAGAGAGUUAAUCAAGCUCAUGGGCAUCAGAUUUGGAAAGAAAAGAAUCCCAGCCAAAAUUGACUAUAAAAAGGUGAAUAAAAAUACUUGGACGAAAGCAACAACAACACCAUUAGUAAGAAAAACAUUUGAAAGUUUUUUCACAAAUCAAUUGGAUAAAACAAAUCAUGAGUUAGUGCUGAGACGAAAAAGAUGUGGAGUGUGUGAAGCUUGCCAGUUGCCUGAUUGUGGGGAGUGUAAUGCUUGCCGAGCAAUGGCAAAAUUUGGGGGACACGGGCGAACAAAGAAAGCUUGUGUUCGACGGCUUUGUCCCAAUAUGGCUGUCGAACAAGCCGAAGAUUCUGAAGCAGAAGAUGAUGAAGAUCAAGUUUCGGAAAAAUCUCAAUAUAAAAAAAUUGAAGAGAGUGUGCCAGUUAAAUUAACAGGAACAAAUAGCAGAAGUAUUAAAUGGAUUGGAGAACCCAUUAAAUCUGAUGCUACAAAAAUAUAUUUCGAAACAGUCGAAAUUGAUGGUGGAGAACUUAAAAUUGGUGACUUUGUGAUGGUAGAGUCGUCGCAAACCAACAAUCCGGCACUGGUAUCAAGGGUAACAUAUAUGUGGAAGGACGUCACAAACCCUAAAGGUGGCUACUUUCAUGCUGAAGUAUUUAUGAGAUCUUCCGACACUGUUUUAGGAGAGGUAGGAGAUCCUCGAGAAAUCUUUUUGGCUGACCGUUGCUGCCAUGGUGCGCCACUUUCUUCUAUUCUCAGAAAAGCCUAUGUUGAGAAGAAAGAAACACCAAAAGAUUGGUUUAAACUUGGAGGAAAAGAAGUAGAUGAGGAAUUUUUUGAAGAUGAUGGCAAAACAUACUUUUAUAGCAAGUACUAUGAACGGUUUAUGGCACGAUUCGAAGAUUUGCCAGCAGACCCACCAUGUCCAAACGAAUUAAGAAAACACCGAUUCUGCCCAUCUUGUGAGCGCAAGAUCAAGAGGGAUAGCAGAGACAUUCCCAAGGUUUUGGGUAAAUGUACCGAGAAAUCUGAAUAUGUCCAAGAAAAAAAUCGUUCAGAAUGGUCUGCAGUUAAGUGGCAAGAUUAUGAAUUUAAAAAGGGUUGUGGAGUAUUACUAAAACCUGGUACAUUUAAACUUCCGAAUAAUAUGACUAUAUCGCAGGGCACAAGUAAAACUAAAAUUGACGACAUUGAUGAAGAUAUUUACCCCGAAUAUUAUAGAAAAAGUGAUAGCAACAUGCGAGGUUCUAACAUUGAUACGGGCGAACCUUUUUGUGUUGGUCAUAUAGUGGCCGUAACAGCAGCCGGCGAAGGCCCACUCAUAGCUCCACAAGAUAUUUACAUUAAAGUUAACAUUCUGUAUCGACCUGAAAAUACUUCAAGCCGAUUUCCACAACAUGAAGACCUCAAUGUCGUGUAUUGGAGCAACGAAAUCAAAGAAGUUUCUUUUUGUACCGUUGUUGGACCAUGCCAUUUAGUAUACAUAGAUAACAUACCCCAAAAUGACACAAUAUACACCUGGUUAGAGAAAGACCCGACACGUUUCUACUUCCGAAUGGUGUAUGACAAGAAAACUCGCGAGUUCAAAGACGUUCCGCAGAGUUUGAGAAGCAUAGGUCGGUUAGAUAAAGGCAAGGAUAAAGGAAAGGGCAAAGGGAAAUCUAGUAAAGCAACAGAGACCGCUGCUAAAACUCUAGAUGUAAUUGUGAGACCUCUGAGGACUUUAGAUGUAUUUGCCGGAUGUGGGGGACUUUCUGCUGGACUCCACCAAACUGGUGUUGCCGAUUGUAAAUGGGCCAUUGAGAAUGUCGAAGCUGCUGCUCAUGCGUACUCGUUGAACAAUAAAAAUUGUAUAGUUUUCAAUGAAGAUUGCAACGCGCUCCUUAAAGAUGUCAUGUCGGGAGCUACACACAGUUCUAGUGGUUUACGGCUUCCAAUGCAAGGAGAAGUAGAGCUAUUGUGCGGCGGGCCGCCCUGUCAAGGCUUUUCCGGUAUGAACAGAUUCAAUUCCCGCGAAUAUUCCAAUUUCAAGAACUCAUUAGUCGCAUCAUACUUAUCAUAUUGUGACUACUACAGACCGAAAUACUUUAUCCUUGAAAAUGUGCGCAACUUUGUCGCUUUUAAGAAGGGCAUGGUGCUAAAAUUGACGCUGCGAGCUUUGUUAGAUAUGGGCUAUCAGUGUACAUUUGGUAUUCUCCAAGCUGGGAAUUAUGGAGUUCCCCAAACGAGACGCAGAGUCAUAAUAUUGGCGUCAGCUCCUGGUUAUAUGCUUCCACUUUACCCCGAACCGACUCAUGUGUUCAGUCGGCGAGCGUGUUCCCUUACCACUACUAUAGAUGGAAAGAGGUUUGUAACAAAUAUAAAAUGGGACGAAUCGGCCCCAAGACGAACUUGUACCAUACAAGAUGCUAUGAGCGACUUACCACAGAUCAGUAAUGGUGCAAACAAAAUGGAAAUAGAUUAUGGCUCCAUGGCGGAGACUUUCUUUCAACGCUUGGUCAGGAGCAGGGAUGAAAAUGCAAAGUUGCGAGAUCAUAUAUGCAAGAAUAUGGCGCCCUUAAUACAAGCGCGUAUGGCACGAAUUCCGACUACACCGGGCUCUGAUUGGAGAGAUCUACCAAAUAUCUCUGUGGCUUUAUCAGAUGGUACUAAAUGUAAGGUGUUACAAUAUCGGUACGAAGACAAAAAGAAUGGUCGCUCUUCGACGGGAUCUCUGCGCGGAGUUUGCGCAUGCGCAGCGGGGGGACCCUGCACUGCUGCUGACCGACAAGAGAACACCCUCAUACCCUGGUGCCUGCCACACACUGCCAACAGACAUAAUAACUGGGCUGGCUUAUAUGGUCGCAUAUCAUGGGAUGGGUACUUCAGCACGACGGUGACAGACCCGGAGCCGAUGGGCAAACAGGGCCGCGUGCUGCAUCCCGAGCAGACCCGAGUGGUGUCGGUGCGGGAGUGCGCCCGCUCGCAGGGCUUCCCCGACACAUACAUCUUCGCUGGCUCAAUACAAGAAAAGCACAGACAGGUGGGAAAUGCAGUCCCUCCACCUUUGGGAGCAGCCUUGGGCAGAGAAAUUAAGAAAGCUUUAAGUGAAUCGUGACAUUUAUAUUUUUAUUAUGACAUUAACAAAUAAACUGUACAGAAUAAUU